UCGAAAUUGAACGGAAGAGCGUCGGCUCCCAACAUCGAUGCAAAGACUUCUUUGAACUCAUUGAAAUCAAUUGAUCCCGAUCCGUCUCUGCGCGAUAGCUCAGUUCGGUUCAAAGGGGAGGAUUUGCUUGCGCUCACACAUCAAAAAAUUUGA